GAAGCUGGAUCCACAUUCCGGAAGUAGCCUCCCUCUGUGGAAAAGUUGUUUGUCUUCUGGACUGUACAGUCAGUCACCUCCCAUGUAUUAUUGAGUAUUUGUAGAAGCCUGCUAGUUAAUAUUUACCUAGCAGCGCCGCACUCGUUUACAACACACUUUCUGUUAAUAUUAGUGGCUUUGGAAUAAACAACAAUGGAAAUCGAUUCAGUGUUCUUCACUGAUCACAGUGGACGCAUCGCCAGUAACAUCUUGCUGGACCAGCUCCCGAGCUACCAGUCCCUCCUGUACCAAAGGAGGUCCUCGGGCAAUGGCUCCAAACGGAAGAAUAGCUCAAGACCAAGGCUCAGCUCGUCUGGCAGUGGCAAAUGGGCUCCAGGGACCAUCAGCAGACAGGCGGAGAAGCAGAAGACUCUGAUGGAGCAGCGACCCAUCAGGGAACUACCCAAGACGGUGAAUGAGAAACGUCAAGAGAAGGCACAGCGAUUGAAAAAGAACGAAGAUCUGGACAGCUGGAGACAGUGGAGUCAGAACAGUCGGAGACAUCUGAGGAGGCUGUGGGAAGAUUAUCGAGAGCUGCGAAGGUCUCUGCAGCUCUGGAGGGGAGACAUCCACCAGAUAGAGGGAAGGUUUGGAACAGGAAUCCUGUCCUACUUCUCCUUCCUGCGCUUCCUGGUCAUGCUCAACUUGGUCAUUUUUCUUCUCAUUUUUGGUUUUGUCAUGGUGCCCCUCAUCGUCGUCCGUUCUGCUUCAGGAAACAUCACUUACAACCAGAGCGACGGAAGUAUCUGCAGUAACUAUCCGAGCAGCGCUCGUCGAGGUCUGGUCAUCUUUCAUCAGUACAUUACAGAUCUGCUUUCUGGAGAAGGCUUUUUGGAACAGACGUAUCUUUUUUAUGGGUUCUACAAAGCACAGAAAAUCAGUUUCCCACACGUAACCUAUAAUCUGGCGCUGGCGUACCUGCUAGUGACGAUAGCAUACCUCAUCCUCAGCCUCCUCUGGAUUGUUAAAAGGUCUGCUACAGGUUUCAAACGCAGCUUGGUCCAGGAUGAAGAUCGUUUUCAGAGCUUUUGCAACAAGAUCUUCACCGGCUGGGAUUUCUGCAUCGCCACCGAGACGGCCUUUAAGCAGAAGAAAAGCUGUCUCCUCUACGAGCUCCGGACUGAUCUGGAGGAGGAGAGGAUCAAACAGAAAAUCCAAGGUCGCACCAGAAAGGAGAAGCUGCGGAUUUUCUCCAUCCGCUUCCUCCUCAACUUUUUUGCCGUUGGCUUCUUGGCUGCUUGUUUCUACAGCAUCUAUUUAGCCACCAUCUUCUCCCAGACGGCAGGAAGGAAGAAUAUCAAGGUGAAUUUCUUUGUGGAUCUCAUCUACGAAUACCUGCCCUCCAUCGUUAUCACCGUGGCCAACUUCGUCACGCCCCUUCUGUUCUCUUUCAUCGUCAAAUUUGAAGACUACACUCCUGCCUUUGAGAUCCGUUUUACUCUGAUGAGGUGUGUCUUCAUGCGGCUGACCAGUAUUGGAGUUUUGCUCUUCUCUCUCUGGUCUCAGAUCACCGACUGUGGUGAGAAUUCCUGUGAAUGUGGCUACAACUACAAACUUUACUCCUGCUGGGAGACCCGUGUGGGCCAGGAGAUGUACAAGCUCACCAUCUUUGACUUCAUCAUCAUCGUAGCUGUCACCCUCUUCGUGGAGUUUCCUCGAAAGCUGAUGGUGAAUUACUGCCGCUGUGGCCUGGCUAAGUGGUGGGGUCAGCAGGAGUUUUCCAUCCCCGAUAAUGUGCUGCAGAUAGUUUACGGCCAGACCAUCUGCUGGAUCGGAGCCUACUACUGUCCCAUGCUGCCCGCCAUCUGCAUCAUCAAAUACUUCUUCAUCUUCUACAUCAAAAAGGUGUCCCUAAUCCACAACUGCCGCCCCGCCACUCGUCCAUUUCGAGCGUCAAGAUCCACCUUCUUCUUCUUCGUGGUGCUGCUGAUCGGCCUGAGUCUCGCCUGCGUGCCAGUCAUCAUCAGUGUAGCGCAGAUACACUGUUCUCAGGGUUGUGGACCAUUUGUGAACUACACCACCUCCUGGGAGGUGGUGCCGGACACCGUAUCCAAGCUGCCAGAUGGAGUCAGAAACCUGCUCUAUGCGCUGUCCUCAGAGGCGUUUGCCGUCACCUUUUUUGUUCUUACAUGUCUGGCCAUGUUUUAUGUGAUUGCACUUGCCGGAGCUCAUAAGAGAGUCAUUAAGCAACUAAGGGAGCAGCUUGUUUUGGAGGGUCAGGACAAACGCUUUCUGAUGCAGAAGCUGUACCAGGCCCAGAGGGCCUCAGGGGUCAGGUCUCCGGGCUCCAAACUGCCGGCCCGCAGCAGCAGAAGCAGUCCCAGUUACCACACCAGCUUCAACAGUCAUUUCACUGAGACUGUGUUCUUGGCACACUCAUCACCCAACUCCUCUACUCAUCGGAACCGGAGGCAGCGUGCCCUCUCGAGACACCGGAGCAUCAAAAUGUUGAGAAUUACGAUCCGGGCGGACAUGGGGUCCGUGUGGGUUUUGCUCUGCGUCAUCUACUCCCAGAUCCUGACCGCGUCCUCUGAUGACAUAGUGGUCGCGUGCGGCGGAUUCGUCAAAUCAGACGUUGAAAUUAACUACUCCCUGAUCGAGAUUAAACUGUACACCAAGCAAGGUUCACUGAAGUACCAGACAGACUGCGCUCCCAUCAAUGGCUACUUCAUGAUCCCUCUCUAUGACAAGGGAGACUUCGUUCUGAAGAUCGAGCCUCCUCUGGGCUGGAGUUUCGAGCCCACCAGCGUCGACUUGCGUGUGGACGGCGUCACGGACAUCUGCACCAAAGAGGAAGAUAUCAACUUUGUCUUUACCGGCUUCUCUGUCUCUGGAGUGGUUCUGAGUAAGGGCCAUCUCCUGGGCCCAGCAGGAGUAGAAGUCCGGCUGAGCCGAGCAGGAUCAGAGGAGAAACUCCGGAGUGUGCUCACACAGCCAGGAGGGAAGUACACCUUCUUCAAAGUGCUGCCUGGGAGUUAUGAGAUCACAGCUUCUCACCCCUCCUGGACCCUGGAGCAGAGUAAAACCUCGGUGCACGUCUCCAAUGCCAACGCUCUGGCCGCCGACCAGCUGGUGGUUGGAGGCUACGACGUCUCUGGGGAGGUCCGCAGUGAUGGAGAGCCCAUGAAGGAGGUCACCUUCCUGCUGUACUCUGCAACAGUCAAGCAAGAGGACAUCUCCGGCUGUAACACGUCUCCGGUGGAUGGUGCGGAUCCGGAGGGUGACUCUCUCGUCUACCUGUGCAGCACGCUGUCCAGAGACGACGGCUCCUUCACCUUCCCCUCGCUCGCCAGCGGCGACUACACCGUUGUGCCUUUCUACAGGGGGGAGAGGAUCACUUUCGACGUUGCUCCUUCCAGGAUGAAUUUCAAAGUGGAACACAGCAGUUUAAAACUGGAGCCCAUCUUCCGUGUGAUGGGGUUCUCCGUGAUGGGACGAGUCCUGAACAGUCCCGGUGGGGACGGGGUGCUGGACGCUACGGUGUCCCUCAACAACCAGAUCAGAGUUCUCAGCAAGGAGGACGGUUCUUUCCGGUUGGAGAACAUGACGGCUGGUGUCUACACCAUCCGCGUCAGCAAGGAUCUCAUGUUCUUCGAGCCGAUCACGGUGAAGAUCGCCCCGAACACGCCCCAGCUUCCUGACAUCAUCACAGCGGGGUUCAGUGUUUGUGGUCAGAUCUCCAUCAGACGCCUGCCCGAGGGCAUGAAGCAGCAAGGUCGCUACAAGGUCACGCUGACACAUCGGGGUCAAGACAAGACGUUCAGUCGGACCGUCGACUCGGACCCUCAGGGGGCCUUCUGCUUCCAGGCCAAACCCGGAGACUACAGCGUUCACGUGUCCCUUCCUGAUGCGGAGGUGAAAGCCGGCCUGGCGCUGCAGCCUCGGGCCCUGGAGGUCUCCCUGAUGGAUCAGCCGCUCACCGACCUCCUGUUCACCCAGUUCAUGGCUUCUGUCUCGGGGAGCGUUUACUGUCUGGCUUCCUGCGACGAUCUGUCCGUAACUUUGCAGCCCGUGAUCCGGCAGGGAGAGAGGAGGAGCGUGGCGCUGUCUGGCAGCGGUGACGUCCUCGGCUUCUCCUUCGAUAACGUUCUACCUGGGAAAUACAAAGUGGGCAUCUCCCACGAGGAGUGGUGCUGGAAACACAAAUCCUUGGAAGUGGAGGUUCUGGACGCGGACGUGUCGGGGGUGGAGUUCAGACAGAUCGGCUACAUCCUGCGUUGCUCCCUGUCCCACGCCAUCACCUUGGAAUUCUUUCAAGAUGGCAGCAAACCCGAGAAUGUCGGCGUGUACAAUCUCUCCAAAGGAGUCAAUCGCUUCUGCCUCUCCAAACCCGGUGUUUACAAAGUCACCCCUCGCUCCUGCCACCAGUUCGAGCAGGACUUCUACACCUACGACACCUCGUCUCCGAGCAUCCUGACCCUCACCGCCGUGCGGCAUCACAUGACCGGACUCAUCACCACGGAUAAGAUCCUCGAUGUCACAGUCACAAUCAAGUCGUCCAUCGAAAGUGAGCCGGCGCUGGUUCUAGGUCCGCUGCGCAGCCUGGAGGAGCAGAGGCAGGAGCAGCAGCUGCAGGAGAUCCAGCUGCGCCGCCAGGAACGAGAGCGCCGCGCGGCCGGAGAAGAGGGCGGAGCCAAAGACGACAGCCCUCCCGUCCAAGAGAAGGCAGAUGAGCUCACGGGUCCUUUCCACUACGAGUUCUCGUACUGGGCCAGAGCUGGCGAGAAGAUCACGGUGACUCCGUCCUCCAAGGAGCUGCUGUUCUAUCCUUCAGAGGUGGAGGCAACCAUCACAGGAGAGUCGUGUCCCGGUCGGCUGGUGGACAUCAUCGGGCGUGCAGGUCUGUUCUUGGAGGGCAAGGUGUCUCCAGAGCUCCAAGGUGUGGAAAUAUCCAUCAGUGAGCGGGGAGCUGCUGCACCGCUCAUUACUGUGGCCACUAAUGAGGUGGGAGCCUACAGCGUGGGUCCGCUCCACAGCGACCGGCAGUAUGACAUCACUGCCAAAAGGGAGGGUUUUGUCCUGAGUCCAGUUGAUGGAGCCCCGGGGGAUUUCAAGGCGUUUGCUUUGGCUGGUGUCACCUUCAAGAUCAAAUCAGAGGAUGGACAGCCGUUAUCAGGGGUCCUGUUGUCUCUGAGUGGAGGGAAUUUCCGGUCCAACCUUUUGACUCAGGACACCGGUGUUCUCACCUUCAACAACCUGAGUCCUGGUCAGUACUACUUCAAACCGAUGAUGAAGGAGUUCCGCUUCGAACCGGCAUCUCAGAUGAUCACAGUGGAGGAGGGUCAGAACCUCAACAUCGAUAUCACAGGUGUAAAGACUGCGUACAGUUGCUACGGGACGGUUCAGUCCCUGAGCGGCGAUGCAGAGAGGGACGUGGCAGUGGAGGCGGUGGGUCAGGGAGACUGCAGCCUCUACAGCGAGGACACCGUCACUGAUGAGGAGGGUCGAUUCAGACUCAGGGGUCUGCUGCCUGGUUGCAAAUAUCUGAUUCAGCUGCGAGCCGAAGGAAACGACCACAUUGAGCGGGCUCUGCCUCAACACAGAGCUAUAGAGGUCAGCAGCAGCGACAUCGAAGGGGUCAACAUCAUCGCCUGCAGGCAGAUCAAUCAUUUCGACCUCAGCGGGAACAUCAUCACGUCUGCCGAACACCUCCCAACACUAUCGGUGAAGCUCUACAGGAGCGACAAUCUGGACAAUCCCAUCAACAGCGUUUCUCUGGGACAGUCGCUUUUUUUCCACUUCCCUCCUCUGGACCGGGACGGAGAGAGCUACGUCCUGAUGCUGUACUCCACCCUGUCCCGCUCCCAGUUCGACUACACUCUGCCCCAGGUGUCCUUCACCUCUAGCGGCUACCACAAACACGUCACCCUCACCUUCAAACCCACCCGUAAGGUGCCUGACCAGGAUGUGGCGCAGGGCUCCUACAUCGCUCUGCCUCUCACUUUGCUCCUGUUGUUAGCGGGGUACAACCACGAGAAGGUGAUUCCCCUGCUGCUACAGCUGGUCAGUCGCAUCCAGGGAGUACGAAGCAUGUCCCAGUCCAGCACCGACAGCGCCGCUGUGGAGGAGGCCAAGCGUCAGGCCAAGAGGCAGAAAGCCCGGCGUACAUGAGGCGCCCCUCACCUCACGUCUUCCUACACCAGAUCCAACAAAUCAGCGUGACGUCGGGCUCAGAGAGCAGCGACCAACACCUCAUCGGCGUUUUGCUCUCGUGCUUCGUUUGCCAGUGACCUGUUCAGCCUGUCACGGUGUGUUCAGAAGCGAGUUCGAACCACUCGACGUGCAUUACGACCUCAUCAGGGAUCCAGGUUCACUGGACUGAAAACUGAUUUAUUUCUCAAGUCGUCUGUAAUUGUCACUGAGCCAUUUUUCUACAUUUGUAAUUAAUCUAGGUCAACUUAAAACUCUGGCUUGUGUAUUUUCAAAGCACUUCCAUGCCUUUGAUGUCAGCUGUUAGUACCACACAGUAGGUUCGAUUCAGUCUAAUCAGAUCAGUUUAAAGAUGAAUUUUUUUAUGAGAAGUCU